CAGCUAUAACCCAUUCUACAGCCUUCCUGCACUCUGCAUAUGCUCACAGGACUCUUCCAACGACUCAUUCUGAACCUGCAAACUUUCACGCCUGGAGCGAUGAGCUCGACGCUCGGCUGGCCGCCCCUGGCGUCAUCGAUCGGCGACUCUGCUCUCGUUCGGAGCGGCCAGCACGCGCGUGUGUUCCUCCGACGCGCGUGCGCAGUAGGCCCGAAGAUGGCGACCGAGGCCGGCGGUUUGCAGGAAGAGGCGCUGCGGCGAAGGGAGCGACUGAAGGCGUUGAGGGAACGUACCGGGGCGGACAGAAAGGAGCGCCGCAGUCACACUGAGGGUCCUCUUGCCCCCAACAAACUUGCCCCCAAACACAAGGACCUGAAGUUGCGGAAUUACAUCCCGGAAGACGAGGAGCUGAAGGAAAGAGUGGUGCCCAAUGCCAAGCCAGCUUCAGUGGAAGACAAAGUCAAGGAGCAACUGGAGGCAGCUAAGCCAGAGCUGAUCAUCGAAGAAGUGGACCUGGCCAAUCUCGCCCCCAGGAAGCCGGACUGGGACCUGAAGCGGGACGUGGCCAAAAAACUGGAAAAAUUGGAAAAACGGACCCAGAAGGCCAUCGCUGAGCUGAUACGAGAACGCCUGAAAGGCCAGGAGGAAGAGCUGGCCUCGGCCGUCGAUUUGGCCAAGCAGCAGGACAGUGACUCGGAUUGAGGCGCCUCCCAGAAACAAGAUUCUCCUUGGGGUCCUUCAAGAGGAGGGUCUUCCCCUCCUUCACGAGAACCCCAGAUCUGAGCUCCCGGAGCCAACAGGGAGCCCCAAAACCACGUUUUGCUGGCAAAGGAAACCUCGAGGCUUUCUUCAGACACGCCGCUCCUCCCGCCAAACUGUCGCCUUCCUUUCACGGGGAGAAGGGGGACUUCAUGUUCUUGCGUCUCUCGGCUUGGCUGCUGCCUCUCCUUCCUCUUGGGGCCAGGCGCCAGCGGUGGACCUCAAAACCCA